AUGUCUAUUCCAAUUCCAAGAUUCGACGACCUGCCACCCGUGGAGGGCAUGCCACAAGGCUGCGCUUGGGGUAUCUUCGACAAAGACGACAGGAAAGAUGUCUACGGAACACUGAACCUGCUCACUCCAGAGGUUGUCAGGAAUGCUGCAGCAGAGGUUCGUCAAGGCUUUGAGUUGUUCCAUAUGUUCAAAUACCUGAACGUUCAGCUGAUCAAUAAUGUCGCCAGUUGGCCCAUCGGAAGCAUCAAAAUGACCGGUUUCUUUCGAAAGAGCCUCUGUCAUAAAAUUAAAAAACUUGAAGAUCCAGAAUCUGCUUGUCACUUUGGAUUUGACGAUGAGAUUCAACAGGUCGAGUUCAAUACCCAGGCCAGCAGCCAGUGGGAUAGCUUGACUCAUUUCAUGCACCUCCCAACCGGACUCACCUACAACGGAGCAAAGCCAACAGUCGAAACCCUCCAAAGCCCCGAUCCCGCAAAUCAACUCCCAACAUUAGACCGUGAGAAAACCCCAACCCCAAUCCAAUUCACACAAUUCCACGAAAGGCUAAUGCACACUCCAGAUUGGCACCAACGCGGCUGUGUGACCGGGAGAGGCGUACUAAUCGACAUCAAAAGUUACACGGAAUCCCAAAAGACGCACUACGACGAGUUCUCAAACUACCGCAUUGGGACUCAGCAGAUUGAGGAAGUAGCUGCGUGGCAAGGACUCACUUUCCGGGCUGGAGACAUCCUACUCAUCCGAUUCGGCGUGACCGAGCGACUGGGUCAGAUGAGCGGGGCGGAGCAAGGGGCUGCGAUGAGCACAGGCAAGAUGUGCGGGCUUGAAGGAAGCAAGGAGAUGGCGCGCUGGCUGUGGGAUCAUCGUUUUGCUGCGGUUGUUAGUGACAACAUGGCUGUUGAGGCGAUGCCGCCUAUGGUGGAUGGCGUUGAGCAGCCUAUGCAUGAGCUCGUUUUGCACCAGUGGUGUCUUGGUUUGUUGGGGAUGCCGCUGGGUGAACUGUGGGAUUUGAAGGCGCUCGGCGAGGCUUGCAAGGAUAGUAAGCAGUAUUCUUUCUUACUUACAUCCUCACCAUUGAAUUUCCCCGGUGCUGUUGCCAGUCCGCCUAAUGCCUUGGCUAUUCUUUGA